AUGCUUAUCCAAUCGUUUGACUUCCGCUCAACUGAAGAUAGCGCCCUAGAACCGGAAAAUCACCGACUCUCACGAUUGCAGAAGAGGAGUAUGUCCGCAUCAGCACCUGCUAAGAAAAUUCCGGAUAUGUUCCUCCGUGCGCUAAAGAGGAAGGCUGAACCAGUAGUCACAAUAGUCACAACAGGAGACACGGGAAACGAUGAAAAUGCGGAGAAAAGAAUAAAGCCCGAGGAAAAUGCACAGAAACUACAGAAGGAGAAUAUAGUGCCCGGUAGCAGCUUUACCCUCUUCGAUUUAUUACUGGAAAAGGAGUGGCGCUCGAUUCUGAGAAGUGAAUUCUCGAUGAAGUAUAUGGUAGAGAUUGAAGAGUUUCUUCGUGCUCAAUAUGCCAAGAAGGUUCCAAUAUUCCCUCCUCGUGACGAGAUUUUUUCCGCAUUCAACCUUACGCCUUUGAAAAACAUUCGUGUAGUUAUCAUUGGACAAGAUCCUUACCACGGGGCUCACGGCUUAUCAUUUUCUGUGAAAAAAGGAGUUCCACCUCCUCCGUCGCUCAAAAAUAUUUACAAGGAGCUUUACACGGACAUUCCCGGCUUCGUUAUUCCUGACCACGGAUUUCUGGAAAAAUGGGCUUUGCAAGGGGUAUUCAUGCUUAAUGCUACCUUGACAGUCGAGUCAGGCAAGGCAAAUUCGCAUGAGAAAAUCGGUUGGCAGAAAUUCACAGAUAAAGUAAUUAGUCUGAUUUCCUUGAAUACUACUGGAGUAGUGUUCCUGCUUUGGGGAGGAUUCGCACGUAAAAAGGAGUCUCUAGUCGAUUUGAAGAAACAUGCAGUCAUUAAGACGGCUCAUCCUUCUCCCCUAAGUGCGACCAAGUGGUUCGGAUGCAAAUGCUUCUCGAAGGCGAACGCUGAACUCACACGCAUGGGACGACCAACUAUCGACUGGAAGUCGCUUUGA